GAACUUUGUGAUUGGAGGAGGCUGCCCCGUCAUCCUCUGCGCCGGGAGUAAAAUCAGAGCGCGGACCGUGUGAGAGUUUACAUCUAAAUAAUGGAAGAAGUACAAUGUGCAGAGCAUGGAAUUCUCUGCUUCUUGAAGACUGGGACACGGGAUGGACCCAACAAAGGAAAGAGUUUCUACGUGUGUGGGGCGAAUCGUGGCGCACCCUGUAUCUUCUCCCAGCAAGCAGAUAUCCCUGCAUCUCACUGCCUCCUGCACGAUGAUUUUGUGGUGGAUCUCCAAGCUUUGAUCAGACAGGACUCUGCCAGUCACAGGCUUUAUUACCGCUGUCUGAAGGGCAAGGCAGAGGGCAAAAAGUGGUGCGGAAAUGUCCCUUGGCAGAGUUCAAACAACAAACACAACUUCUGUAAUCCGUUAUCUCAGCCUCCUGGGAGAAAGACAGAGCAAAAUGACAGAAACCCUUUCAGAGUGCUAAAUGAGGACCCCAAACAUACCCUGUGGAAGCAAAUCAGUGGGGAGAGAAAGCAGAAUGGGGAGAACAAAUACAGUGAGGAGGAAAAGCAUAGGCAUAAGGAUCGAGCGCAGAGUGGCGAGGAGGAAAGGCAUAAGGAUCGAGCGCAGAGUGGCGAGGAGGAAAGGCAUAAGGAUCGAGCGCAGAGCGGCGAGGAGGAAAGGCAUAACGAUCGAGCACAGAGCAGCAAGGAGGAAAAGCAUAGGCAUAAAGAACGAGCACAGAGCUGUGAGGAGGAAAAGCAUAGGCAUAAGGAACGAGCACAGAGCGGCGAGGAGGAAAGGCAUAAGGAGGAAAAGCAUAGGCAUAAAGAACGAGCGCAGAGCUGUGAGGAGGGAAUGCAUAGGCAUAAGGAACGAGCUCAGAGCGGCGAGGAUAGGCAUAAGGAAGGAGCAGAGAGUGGCAAGGAUAGGCAUAAGGAACGAGUGCAGAGUGGUGAGGAUAGGCAUAAGGAACGAGUGCAGAGUGGUGAGGAUAGGCAUAAGGAACGAGUGCAGAGUGGUGAGGAUAGGCAUAAGGAACGAGUGCAGAGUGGUGAGGAUAGGCAUAAGGAACGAGUGCAGAGUGGUGAGGUUAGGCAUAAGGAACGAGUGCAGAGUGGUGAGGUUAGGCAUAAGGAACGAGUGCAGAGUGGUGAGGUUAGGCAUAAGGAACGAGUGCAGAGUGGUGAGGUUGGGCAUAAGGAACUAGCGCAGAGUGGUGAAGAGGAAAAGAAUGAUGAAUGGAUGCAGAGCAGUGAGGAAAAGAAUAAGAAACAUAUGCCGAGUGACGAGGAGAGGAAGGAUAAGGAUGGAAUGCAGAGCAGCGAGAAAGGCAAAACUAAAAGUAAGGAAUGGAGGCAGUGUAUUGCUGAACAAGAGAACCCCAGAAAUAAGGAAUGGAGGCAGUGUAUUGAGGAACACAAACUGAUACCAACCACAGUAAACCCAGCAUUAGACAAACUGCUAAACCCUAAAAAAACGCUAAUCUGUGAUGAGAGACUUGGGAACACCGUGGGGAAAACUCAGACAUUGGAGGAGAGGUCUUCAUUCCAGGGCUGGAGGGGCAAGGAGAUACCACUUGGGAUUACAAUCAAGAAGAAAGGGCAGGAGAGCAUAGAACGGGUAGACAUGAGACUUCCACGGACAGACGGACACACAGACACAGCUGAAAGACACAGUGAGUCUGACGCUGGGCUUGAUGACCACAUCUCGCAGAGUAAUGACAAGGAAGGGACGUCAUUGCUAUACAGCAGAGCAAAGGACAGUCCGGGAGACAGACUGUGUGAAGGUCACACAAAGAACACCACAAAUAGCUACCGAGACGUGAAGGAAAAUGGUGGUGGCCAGCAAGAAGACACGGCUACAGAUGAUGACGAUGUUUUAUUUGUUUCCUCUCAACCUGGAAAGGAGAAGCUCUCCUCCCAAAAUACCUCGGGAGGAGGCAAGCAACGUACCAUCACCUCCUUCCCAGGCUUCAGAGCACAGCCCCAAACACAGAAUUCGGCUGCACUGCACUCCCAGCUUACAGCCCAGCUCCAGCAGAAGAAGGCCACUCUGGCAUCUGUUAAUUUAAAAGUUUUGCCAGACAAGGGGGAGCGUUUAAUGAAGCAGGUGCAGGACCUUGAAGAUGCCCUAGGGUCCUUAAAGCUCUACCCAGAGGAUAUCAUCGGUGAACAAGGAAAGAUCCAGAAUGAAACAUUCCACGCUCAGUCUGACCAGGGAAACCCAUUCAGCAAACAUGGUGCAGCCGACACCUCCAGGGGUGUGAAACCGCUGGCCUUCCAUGAGCUGCCCCCCAGCUCCCUGGGUCUGCAAGCGUCUGCACGGCCUCUGAGCUCCAGUCAGAAUUACAGCAGUCUGUACGGAGUGGCCCCACAAUGGCAGAGCUUGUAUGGAGGACAUAUGACAGAGGAACGUCUAUUUGCUGUUCGAAAUGCCACCAGUGAAGCUAUUGAUCACUUGCACAAGAGCCUGGAGUCCUGUCCCACCCCAGACAGUACUGCGGAGGACCCCCGUGGUUUAAAGGUGCCAUUACUGUUACACCAGAAGCAGGCAUUGGCCUGGCUACAAUGGAGAGAGAGCCAGAAACCACAGGGAGGAAUAUUGGCGGAUGAUAUGGGUCUCGGCAAGACGCUGACUAUGAUUGCACUCAUUUUGGCACAGAAACAGAGGCAGAAAAAAGAAAAAGAGGAGGAGAAGAAACUAGAGUCAUGGAUUUCCAAGACAGAUUCCACCCUUACCAUCUCUCGUGGAACCCUCAUCAUCUGCCCUGCAUCCCUCAUCCACCACUGGAAAAAAGAAGUGGACAAGCGGGUGUCUGAUGGCCGCUUGCGAGUCUGUUUGUAUCAUGGCCCCAAUCGUGAGAAGGACAGCAAGGUGUUGGCUCAAUAUGACCUGGUGGUCACCACAUACAGCCUGGUGUCUAAAGAAAUCCCUGUGAAGAAGGAAGAAGGAGAUGCCCCAGCCAAAGACCAGGAUCUAGAGGAUAAGGCAGCAGCGGCCUCCCCACUCUUGCGUCUGGCCUGGGCACGUAUUAUCCUGGACGAAGCUCAUAACAUAAAGAAUCCCAAGGUUCAGACUUCCAUCGCCGUGUGCAAGUUGAGAGCUGGUUCGCGGUGGGCAGUGACUGGAACCCCUAUCCAAAACAAUCUCCUGGACAUGUAUUCUCUUCUGAGGUUCCUGCGCUGUUCACCAUUUGAUGAGUUCAAACUGUGGAAGAAUCAGGUGGAUAAUGGCAGCCGAAAAGGGGGAGAAAGACUAAACAUUUUGACUAAGAGUCUUCUUCUGCGGAGAACCAAGGACCAGCUGGACACCAUGGGGAGACCGCUGGUUUUGCUUCCCCAGAGGCGCUGUGAACUUCACCAACUGACUCUGUCGGCAGAAGAACAGUCCGUGUAUGAUCUCAUCUUCGCCAGAUCCAGAUCAACUCUGCAGAAUUACCUGAAAAGACAUGAAGGGGGAUCCCGUGACUCAGGCCGGACAGGAGAUAAUCCCUUCGAGAGAGUGGCCCGGGAAUUUGGAUCCAGCCAGUGUGGUUUGCAAUCCUCUGCCUCAUCUUCAGCAUCCAGCACGGUGCACAUCCUGUCCCUGCUUCUCCGACUGCGGCAGUGCUGCGGUCACUUGUCUCUGCUCAAGUUGGCCCUUGAACAGUUGGAAUUGAAGAGUGAAGGUCUCAGCCUAAGCCUGGAAGAGCAACUGAAUGCCCUGUCUCUAUGUGAAGUUCAGAGCCCAGACCCCAAAUCUAUUGUCUCCCUCAAUGGCACCAACUUCCCUGCAAAGCUUUUUGAAACUGAAAGUAAAAGCACAAAGAUUAACUCUCUUCUCUCAGAGCUCAAGGUUAUUCGCAGCAGCGUGGAGCCUCAAAAAUGUGUCAUUGUGUCUCAAUGGACCAGCAUGCUGAAAAUUGUAGCAGGCCACCUUAAAAGUAUCCACCUGUCUUACGCUACUAUUGAUGGGUCUGUCAACCCAAAAACGCGCAUGGAUCUAGUGGAAGAGUUUAACAGCAACCCCAGAGGCCCACAGGUUAUGCUUAUCUCCCUUUGUGCUGGAGGUGUCGGCUUAAACCUAAUUGGAGGAAACCACCUUUUCCUAUUGGACAUGCACUGGAAUCCGGCACUGGAGGAUCAAGCUUGUGACCGAAUCUAUCGCGUGGGACAGCACAAGAAUGUGGUCAUUCACAGGUUUGUGUGUUUGGGAACCGUGGAAGAAAAGAUCUCACAGCUUCAAGAGAAGAAGAAAGAACUGGCCAGCAAAGUUCUGUCUGGAAAUGGCACCAAUUUCACCAAACUCACUCUUGCCGAUCUGCGCCUUCUCUUUGGCGUGUAAUCCUCAGCCAUGUAGUUGGUGGAGAUCUAUAAACGUCAGUCUGUGUCUGAUAACCAGUGAUGGUGAGACCUGAUCAAGGACCCCUACUGGCCUCUGUAUGUUUUGUCCUUUAAAUUAUAAAAUAAAAGUGUUUAUAUGUUU